CCAUUUUACACACUGUAAUUAAUCUUCUAAGGACCAGAAGCCCACAAACGAAAACAAACUUUUUCUCAGGAAACUUCCCAAUUAUCAGCGCAAAUUUCUUCGUUUGGCCCAUCUGAUGAGCCCAUCAUAUCUCCCAUACCUUCUUCACCCAAAUCAGAAUCCAGACAAAUCGGGUUAAGAAAUGAACCAUAAUACAGCAAAACGGGUCCUUUCCUUUCUUUCUCUCCCGCAUUAAAUUCCAGGGUCUUCAAGCAACACACAGAAAAGCAGAAAGAACAGCAACAAAGGAAACAGAAACACUGCUCUGCUCACUCCUUGCUUACCAAUUUCCCUAAUCUCCCUCAAUUUUUCGCAUAGAAGAGGAAGGUGUUCAAAAUUUUCCAGGUAUAUUUUUAACUUGAAAUGCUUAUGGGUAACUCAGGAGGGUUGCCAACAUGGGGUUCAUCAAAGGAGCUGCUGCUUGCUGACCCGGUAUCCGAAUUGGAUGGGGAUGAAGGAGGAAGUGGUGAACCAGAAAAAAUGAGGCAGAUAUUGUACGUAGCAUCAUUUGAAGAACUUGGGACAAAGAUUGUUAAGUAUGACACAGUUAUCUGGUUAUGGAUAUCUUCGCUGCUGAUUUUAGCUUGGGGUGUCGGUGUGCUAAUGUUGUUAUACUGGCCCUUCAGAAGAUAUGUGCUUAGGAAAGAGAUUGCAUCUCGCAAACUCUAUGUUACUACCGAUGAGAUAAUUUAUAAGGUAUCAAGACCUUCGUAUAUCCCUUUUUGGGGAGAGACAAAGAUUGAAAAGCGUGUUCCUUUGCAAUUGGUGAUUGAUAUUAUCCUUGAACAAGGUUGCUUACAGUCAAUGUUUGGGAUCCAUACCCUUAGAGUGGAAAGUAUAGCACAUGGAAAAGCUGCGCCAGUUGAUGAACUACAGUUGCAUGGUGUUUAUAAUCCCGGACGCUUAACAAAGGUUAUAGUAACGCAAGCUUCAAAAAUUAUACAAGAAGUUGGCAGAAAUUGGAAAGCUAAUAAGCGCAAUGUUGAAGGUGAAGUCAUUUUGCCAACAGAAUCUUUGAUUGAGGACACUACUGGGCUGAGAUCACCUUCUAGAAGUUCGAGGGGAAUCAGUUCACCACACCAUAGUAUAAUGGAACACAGAGGCGUAGCUCAAGAUUUGGUUCUCAAUAAGCUUGAAGAAGUAAACAAAUCCGUUAAGGUGAGCACUCUCUUGUUUCAGUGGUUGACUGGCUGUCAUGUACUGUUACAUUUUCCCAACUGCCAUAUCCUUUGUACCUGGUUAUUUUAAGUUAUUUUAUGUCAAAAUGUUGAAUGUAGCUAUUGUUACUGCCUUAUUUCAAUGAAACAGAACAUUGAGAUGCUGAUAGAGAAAUCUCAAGCCUCAUCACCACCAAUAAGCGGCCAUUGAUGGAAAGGGGUGAUCAUCAGAAGUAGAAGCUAGUUUGAAUUUGAUGGCGGCCACUCAUCCAAAAGGGUCAUUAGAAAAACGAAUGAGACACCACUAAGUCGUUAAAAACAUCAAGUUUUGAACUGUUUUGAGGUGGGAUAAUUUUGUGUACAUUUCCAAGCUUUGAAGCUUCCACGGGCAAUACUCAACAGAAGGCCAGAUUGUUAAAUUUGUACCUUAUGAUAAAAAUGUAGUCUUUGUGUUUUCUUUUCAUUUUCUGAAUCUGGCAAAAAAUAAACUUAGAUCAACUCCAACCAGUACUGUAAAAGGCACUUUUGCUCUAUUUUACAGUACCGGCGGCCUCCCAUGCAUACUGCAAAUCCAGUUUAGGGGGCUGCUACGCUGAAUCUAGCGUAACUGGAAAGGGCACUCGAUCAGUGUUCUUGCAGGCCCUACAUACUUUUCAUUCCUUUUCCCCUUUUUAAAUUGGCUGUCCAGCUUUUGUUUUCCUUUUUUCCUUUAAAUUUUUGUCCUUUUUUAUUUUAUUUAGUCUAUAUUUGGACUUGAAAACACAUAUUAAUGUUAAAAUUCCACAAUUUAGUCAUUGCUCAUAUUAAUAUAUUUGGUGUUUUUAGG